GUGCAAACUGAUUACAUGUACAUUAUGAAAUCUUCCAACGACGGGAAAUUUGAACAAGGCCAACUUAGUCGUUAUGGAAAUAUCGAACUUAACCCUGCUGCAGCAGUUUUAAAUUAUGGACAGGCAAUAUAUGAAGGCACAAAAGCAUACAGGAAGAGAGAUGGGAAACUCCUCCUCUUUCGUCUAGACCAGAACGCGAUUCGGAUGAAGAUUAACGCUUCACUGUCAGUUGAUCAAUUCAUUGAAGCUGUAAAGCAAACAGCUCAAGCAAACAAGUGUUGGGUUCCUCCUCCAGGCAAAGGGUCUUUGUAUAUUAGGCCUCUACUUAUAGGAAGUGGCCCCAUAUUAGGCUUGGCACCAUCACCUGAGUACACAUUCCUUGUAUAUGCUUCCCCGGUCAGAAAUUAUUUCAAGGAGGGCUCUGCACCCUUGAACAUAUUUGUCGAGGAGGAGUAUGAUCGUGCCUCUCGUGGCGGAGCUGGAGGUGUCAAAGGCAGUACCAAUUAUGCCCCGGUUUUGAAGGCACUAACCAGAGCAAAAAGCAGGGGAUUUUCGGAUGUUCUAUAUCUUGAUUCGGUACACAACAAAAAUCUGGAGGAGGUCUCUUCUUGCAACAUUUUCAUUGUGAAAGGCAUUGUAAUUUCAACUCCUGCCACGUCGGGGACUAUUCUUUCGGGAGUUACUCGACAAAACGUUAUUGAAAUAGCUCGUGAUCAUGGUUACCAGGCCGAGGAACGCGUUAUUCCGGUGGACGAAUUGAGUGAAGCCGAUGAAGUGUUCUGCACUGGAACUGCUGUUGGUGUUGCUCCCGUGGGCAGCAUUACUUACAAAGGCCAAAUGAUGGAGUACAAAACUGGUGUUGAGAGUGUAUGUCCACAACUUUACUCAACCCUAGUAGGAAUUCAAACGGGACAGAUUGAGGAUAAGAAGGGCUGGAUUAUGGAAAUUGACCGAGCUUUUUUUACCCACAACAACAUUUCAGAUUAAAAUUUAAAAGAAAAAAUUGCUGUCAUGAUCCACACUUUGCCAAUUGUACAGACUGCAGAAUACUACUUUUUUUUUUUUUUUUUUUUUUGGGGGUUAUCCAGUUUAUCAGUUUUUUGUGUUCAAUUUAUCUUUUGAUUAUCAUUCAAAAAAAGAAAAAAAAAAGAAAGAGAAAUUAUCUUUGAUUAUUCAUUAAACAAAACCCCAUUUGAAUUAUCUAAUUAGGCUUUUUUUUCUUUCUAUAUUGUAUUAUUGAUAGACUCAUAUUAUAAUGCUGCCACAUAGUAUUAUAACUCGCAAAUUUAUAAAUUAAUACUAUCAGAUCUAGGUUGAGGGAUUUGAUUGGAACUUAUCUCAAACCAAUCACACGAUACCAUAUGAGAAACUUAAAACACAUGAGUAGUGUUGUUAGUU